AUGAAGAGCGUCUUGACGGUAGGCACUGUAGCUUUAUCGAAAGAUACCUCCGAGGACAAUCCUGGGAACGGAAAGGAGCAGCCAUCAAACGCCUCUCAACAACAGAAUGUGAUGACGAUGUUCAAUAUAAUGAAUAUGCUGAUGGGUCAAAAUGCUGGUCUACAAUUGCCGUUCGCCUCACAACCACAGACGACAUCAAGUGGAGGAAACACACCCGAAACCGAUGAAGAGUUGACAGCACCGAAGAGCGCUACCGCUUUGGUGUCGAUGGUGAAAAAUUUCGGCGAAGAGAAGCUCACUGCGGUCUCACCGUCGGUGGCGUCAAGGCUACCACGACUUGGCGAACUAACCGACGCUCAAGCGGAGACGUUGGCCACUGUGGAAUGCACCCAGUGCUCGGAGAGACUGCCAUCGAUUUUGGCAUUAUCGUCACACUACGAUGCUGCCCAUUCGAGCACUCUACCCGAUUCGGCUGUGCAGUCGUUCGCCGAUCGAAUUUGUGAGAUGAUACCCGACGUGACCACCCCCAUCCAGACCAAUGGUCAUCACCUGCAAUACUUUGAUAUCAACAACAGUCCAUCAGAAUCUCAAAUCAAAGAAAUGUCAUUGAAAGCUGGUUUACCGGAAAAAGUCAUCAAGCAUUGGUUCAGGAAUACGUUGUUCAAGGAACGCCAACGUGAUAAGGAUUCUCCGUACAACUUCAGUGUACCACCACAGAUGGGUAUCGACCUGGAUACAUAUGAAAAGACCGGUGAAACGAAGGUCGUGCCGCUUGCAUCUGCUGCAGAGGUGAAACGUGAGCCAUCACCGAAACCUGUUGAAACACCGACUGUGCCUCCCUUGAAUCUUCAGGCGAUGAUGCAGCAGAUGCAACACGCGAAUCCAUUCCAAUUCAUGGACCCCUCCGGAAUGAUUUCUGGGCCAAUAACCCAACUGUCGCAAUCAAGUACCUCAGGUCGUCGAGCGAAUCGAACCCGUUUCACGGACUAUCAGCUACGGACUUUGCAACAGUUCUUCGACAAGCAGGCUUACCCGAAAGAUGACGAUUUGGAGGUGUUGAGCAAGAAACUGCAGCUGAGCCCGCGAGUGAUUGUGGUGUGGUUUCAGAACGCUCGACAAAAGGUGAGUGUUUCUGCCUAG